GAGACCGUUUUGGCUACGAGGAGACCAUAUCGCAUGAUGAGGCAACGUCCAGAGGCUCUGAAUCCGACUUGGCAAGAAUGCAACGUGCUCGGGCGACAGGAAACGACAGUGACAAGUGAAUCCACGUGGAUUAGCAUCACCGUAUUCCCCACGUCGGCGACGACGGCUGAUACCACGAGCGAUGUGACGUCGACAACGACGACUUCAUCGUGGACGACAUCAUCAGACACUUCGGUCGCUGAUACAUCGUCUGAAUCACCGUCAUCAACGUCCAAUGCUUCACUUCACUUCAUCAAUAGCCUCUUAUACGACUUCUACCGAUUCCCCUUCCGAGUCUGAAUCCUCCUUCCCUACUUCGUCUUCAUCAGCACCGGCUCCGUCCUUUACAACGUCAAGCGUAUAUACCUCUCCCUUGUCACCCACCUCGUAUUCGUGGGCAUCGCCAUCGACCUAUUGGCCAAAUCCAACCACAUCAUGGUAUACUGUCGUGAGCACGUCUUGGGUUACUGAUUCCGAGACUGUUACGCGAGCUUCUGGCACCGCUGCUUCUCUCACCAGUGCUAGUCCGUCGCAGUCCUUUGCCUCAACUACCACCAUCACUUCUACGGGUCUACUCAGUACUGAUGCUCCAGAUGGAGGAAAUAGCCUCUCACGCAAUACAGGGGCUGUCAUUGGCGUUGCUGUAUCCGCCGCGGUCGUCGUUACCCUCAUAGCAAUCGGAGUAUUCUUCGCAUGCCGUAGAUACCGACGGUCAACCACAGAGCCAUCGACUUUGCAACCCCAGUUCGUGCCGUCAUGGCGGCCCCCGCUUGCGGGUGACGACGAUAGCAGCCUUGGUGCCACUAUUACGGCAACGAGCACGGUUGGACAUCGGGUAUCCUCAGGCCAGACGCCUUACAUUGAUCCGCGAGAGAUGGGACGUUCACCGCCUUCGUCGGACGGGUUGCCGCCGUCGUCGCAUGGUCACUCGUCCAACGAAUCAUCGAGCCACGCCCUUCUUACCCGAUCGAGGUCAUCUUCAGUAGGAAAGCACAUGCGAACGGAAGAAGCACCACCUGAGGAGGAAGAAUUUCGGUUGCGCACGAGAAGGCCUACUCAGGUAUCUGAUCUCGUUAUUCCCCCAGUUCCAAGGAUACCUUCAACAAUUCAGUUACCCCCGACUUCGCCGAUUUCCCCAGCUUCUUCGACUUACCCCAGUUCGUUGCUCAAUCCGCCACCUCCACCUCCCCUUGAACCUCCUGCUCCGGCUUACGCUGUUCAGGGUUCGUCAUCGUGGCCUCCUCCGCCGAUGCAGAGCGUUACGAGUUUCAGGGAUCAUAUGGAUUAUUCGAGGCCGAUCCUACCGAGGAGGGUGGAUAGAGGUGAAGAAGAAUCAAUAUGAAUGAUCUUUCUUUCUUUUUUGCUUUCUUGCCGCUCGCUCUUUAUCACUACUUAACCGUAUACCCCCUCGCACUCACACAUACACCAUACACACACACAGUCACGUCGCAAUCGCAUUUUAGUACAUAGCAAUAACAUAGGUAAUUUGUAGUCCGUUUCC